UUUCCACCUUAUCUCUUUUCUUCUUCUUCUUCUUUUAACCCUUUCCUUUUCUUUCCAAAACAAACACAAACCACAACUCUGUUUCAACACUAAAUCACCUCAUAAAUUCAUUCACAAACCGACAAUUUUCCCCCUUCCAUUUAUAAAUCCCCACAGCACAAUCACUUCAAUUCUUCACAGUCGCCUGCUUUUUUCUUUUCCCCCGAUGGCUCUUCUCAAUUCUAAAUUCCACCGCUUCCCAUCUCUCCGCCCUUCAAUCCACCGUUCACCCCUCCCCACCCUUAAUUUUCCCUCCAUUCCCCAUGACCAAUUACCCUUUCAUUUUGUGGGUCGUCCUAAUUUCAAUUCCCUGAGGUUGAAUUCCCCAAUUCAUAUCCAAAACAGAGCAAUUUCUUCGCCGACAGAAGCAUUUGAGCCAGAGUCGUUGCCGCCGCCACCGGCGUCGGCGGUGGAUGGGAGGAGGAUUUUGUUGUCGGACGUAGUGGUGAAGCGGCGGAGGGAAGUGUUUUGGGGAAGGAAAUGGAAUUCGUUAGAUAUCGGAACGGCUGGAGUGGUGGUGGCGACGCAUUUACUUACACUUUUUGCUCCUUUUCAAUUCAAUUGGGCUGCAUUUUGGGUGGCGAUUUCUUUAUAUAUAAUCACUGGUCUAUUCGGUAUUACCCUAUCAUUUCAUCGGAAUCUCUCUCAUCGGAGCUUUAAACUUCCUAAAUGGCUCGAAUAUCUCUUCGCAUAUUGUGGAGUUCAAGCCCUUCAGGGAAAUCCGAUCGAUUGGGUUAGCACGCAUAGAUAUCACCAUCAAUUUUGCGAUUCCGAAAGAGACCCGCAUAGUCCAAUUGAAGGCUUUUGGUUUAGUCAUAUGAGUUGGUUGUUUGAUACCAAUUCUGUGGUUGAGAGGUGUGGAGAGCCAAACAAUGUUGGGGAUUUGGAAAAGCAACCAUUUUACAAGUUCAUUCAAACUACUUAUCUUCUUCAUCCAAUUGCUCUUGGUGCUUUACUCUAUUCAAUGGGUGGAUUUCCUUUCAUUGUUUGGGGAAUGGGUGUGAGAAUAGUGUGGGUGUACCAUAUCACUUGGCUGGUGAAUUCAGCUUGCCAUGUUUGGGGAAGUCAAGCUUGGAAAACAGGAGAUUUAUCUAGGAACAACUGGUGGGUGGCAUUGCUUGCAUUUGGAGAGGGAUGGCACAACAACCACCAUGCAUUCGAGUUCUCAGCCCGACAUGGCCUAGAGUGGUGGCAGCUCGACAUGACAUGGUACGUUGUUCGGCUUCUUCAAGCUAUUGGUUUGGCCACAGAUGUGAAGAUACCAACACAACUUCAGAAAGAAAAAUUGGCAAUCAUCAACACCACAUGAUAUAAAGAUAUUAUACUAAAACUUUAAUUUUUUGUAAGCAAAUCUUCAGUACCAAAAACUGUAUGUCUUUCUCGUUUCGAGAUUCAAAUGGGUUCUGAAGGCUAAAGUAUAUAGAAAGAGUAGAUAGCAUUUCAAUCGGGAGACAUUGGAAUUGUUCUCUCUGCACUCAACUUUACAUAGCAUAUGAUGUAUUCACUAAUUUAAUUAGAGAGUUUUUUUCUCCCCAUUUUUUAUGAUUUUUGUUGCAAUACAGUUCGGUUUCGUUUUGAACAACGAAAACUUGUAAGUUAUACGUUUUAAAAUGGAUUGGAAAAGAAGAUUACAACAU